AGAUUUCAAUUGAUUAGCCAGCAGCUUGCCAAUUUUAUCACUGUGAACAUAAAAAUCACUUCUUGUUUUCUUUAAUUGGUUUACAAUCGAGGACGAGAGUAGUAAACUGUGUUCCAUUUGAAGUUCAGUUCUUUGUUUGUAUAGCUCCUCAGAAGGAGCCAUAACAUAUUUCUUAUCAAUUUCUUUAAUCUUGACCACAAUUACCAUCUCCUCCUGCUUCUGUUUCUUCCUCAAAGCAACGGAAUACGAAAUAAUCUGACCCCGAAUAUAGGCUUUAAAAGUGUCCCAAAGAGUGUUAACCGAAAUAUCUUCUGUAUGGUUAAUUGUAAAAAAAAGCUCAAUCUGUUCAUUCAUAAAAUUAACAAAGUCCGAGUCCUGAAGCAACAGCGAAUUAAAACGCCAUUAUCUAUUGUUUGGUAUAUUGGCCAUAAUUUUAAUAGAAAGCUUAAGUGGAGCAUGAUCCGAAAUGGUUAUAGAAUCAUAAUCACAUUUAAUCACUGAAGGAAUGAGACGAGAAUCAAUGAAAAAAUAAUCAAUUCUUGAAUAGGAAUGAUGAACAUGUGAAAAGAAGGAAAAAUCUUUUUCCUGAGGAUGCAGAAAACGCCAAAUGUCCGUCGACCCAGAAUCAGAAAGGAAAAAGUUAAUCAAAUUUGCAGAUUUAUUAGGUAAAGUCCGUAAAGGAGCCGAACGGUCCAAAGCUGGAGAUAAACAGGUAUUAAGAUCUCCGCCCCAAAUCAAUGAAAACUCGUUCAAAUUCGGAAACUGAUCAAACAAUGAUUUAUAAAAUUCCGGACAAUCCAUAUUAGGAGCAUAAACAUUAACCAAAACUACUUUUUUAUUAAAUAAUAAACCACUAACCAAUAAAAAUCUACCAUUCGGAUCAGAGAUAAUAUCCUGUUGUAUAAAAGUAACUGAGGAGUCUAUAAAAAUAGAGACGCCUCGAAUCUUAGCAUUGGAGUUCGAAUGAAAUUGUUGUCCCUUCCAAAAUUUGAAAAAACGUAGUCUGUCCCCCCUCCGUACAUGGGUCUCUUGUAAAAAUAAAAUUUGUGCUUUAAGUCUCCGGAACACUUUAAAAACUUUUUUCCUUUUAAUAGGAUGAUUAAGACCAUUAGUAUUCCAGGAGACAAAAUUAAUAAUAGACUCCAUAAAUCCUAAAGUCAACCCAUAACAAGGAGGAUUGACAAUAGGCGCGACCCACAGACCCGGAGAGGAAACAGAACAUACAAAAGAUACCGGGGAAAAGGACGUAACCAAUACUUCAAUAAUGUAUAUAGCCCAAAGAGAAACAAACUAAAACGUGAAGCCCCUCCCACCACCCCCCACCCCAGGACCCCAAGGCGAAAUCUAAAGCAGACCCGCCAGAAAGAAGCAAGCGCUAAAACUACCCCCAUGACUUCCGGUAUACGCUCCCUAAAAAAAAGGUAUAAAUAUGAAAAGGAUCAGCUAAUUGUAAAACAGUAAAAAAAAUAAGUAAAAAAAAGUUAGCUCAAUUAAAAUACACACAGAACAGAACAAAAGCCGGAAAGUAUAUAUUAAAAAAAACCACAAUAAACCUCAAACUCAUGAAUAGACACAGCAACAAAAAAAAUAGGAUUAUUAACAUAAAAUGAUUAUAAAAAGCAAAACAGAAUAAAAUUUUUAAAAAAACUACAAAAUUUAAGGCCGCACAGGAAAUACGUAAGAUGACAAAAGGGAAGUAACCACCCAGAAUCCCCUGGGAAAAGAAAGAAAUGACGCAGUUAAAAAGAAAGUUUAGCAGCCAUAUUAAGAAAUCAAAAGUAAACUUUUCUGCCCAAAUAGGGCACAGAAAAGUUAAAACCAACCAAUUCACAGCCUCCGAUCAACGGAGAAAAUUAAAAAAAGGCAAUUAAGAUGUUGAAGAUGAAAGUUGAUCCAGAUAACUCUGGGCAUCCGAUGGAGAAUCAAAAAAACGAAGAGCUCCAUCUAACAUGCGAAUCCUUAGACGUGCAGGGUACAGCAGCGCUGGUCUUAAAUCCAUCUUAUAGAAUUCCGACAUCACGGAUCUGUAACGGACCCAUUGGUCCCAGAUUGGUUUACUGAAAUCUUCCACGAAUCGGAACUUAAGAUCCGAAAAAUCAAUGAAACUUUUAGAUCGAGCGAAUCGAAACAGUCUCUCCUUGUCUUGAAAGUAAUGAAAACUGAUCUUGAACCUGAGUGGUUGGAUGAUGUGCAGAAGAAUGGAGAACUGUUCUACCUGGAACUAAGUGAAGAUGAAGAGGAUGUACUUAUCCAAGCUAAUUCAGUGCCAGCACCAUUAAUCAACCAUGUCAGGUUUAGUGAUAAAGAAGAAGAGAUCAUUACUGACCAUAAAUUAAAAGAGCCUUACAUACAUGAACACAGACUUAGAAAGCUUGCUAAUGUUUUAAAAAAGAAAAGCCGGAUACAUGGACAUUCUUGCAGCAAAGCAAAUGAACCAAAUAGUAAUCAACCACCGAGACCUGUUUCCAUAUUGAAGCACCAGCCAAACCCUAGAACUGGGGUAUCCGUACAACUAUCAUACAAGGAUGUGUAUGUUUAUGUUAAUCCAAAUAAAAUAAAUAACAAAUUUCUUGUAGAAGGGACAAAGCUGUUGGAAGCUUAUGUGGGGAUUGUUUGUCAGCCUUCAAGAAAAAAUCCAGCAGAAGGAAAACAUUUGGACAAAUUCACAGGUGCUAAAACACCAGCUGAAGAGAGAAUUAUUGUAUACAGUUUGAUUCAUGGCAGUACAGCAAUGAAAUCUGGUCAAAUAUUUAUAGGUGAUGCUCUGAUUGCUGUGAAUGAUGUGGAAGUAACCACUGAGAACAUAGAACGUGUCUUAUCAUGUAUUCCAGGUCCAAUCCAGGUGAAACUCACAUUUGAAACCUUAAGCCGUGAUGAAGUACAAACUGACAUGGCUUUUGAACACAUUGCUAAACCAGUUCCCACUGAUGCCAAUCUAGUGAAACUUGUAUGGGGUCAAGACACUGUAGAUCUCCAAACGGAUAUUGGAAAUGUUUCUCAUAUUGUAAUGUAUUUAACUUUAAAGGUGGAAUCUGAAAACUCCAAGGAAGAGCAAGAAAUCCUUUACCAUUAUCCAAUGUCUGAAGCAUCUCAAAAGUUGAAAAAUAUUCGAGGAAUAUUUAUAACCCUCUGUGAUAUGCUGGAAAAUAUAACUGGGGGACAUAUUAUCAGUACUUCAUUGUUGCUGAAUGGAAAACUUAUUAAUAUAGGAUAUUGGAAAGAAGGUAGCAACCUGCUACUCCUUGGACUACCUGCUGAAAGGGUUUCUCUUCCACAGCUAAGAAACAUGAUCAAGACUCUUGUAAGAACCUUACAGUACAUGUACAGCUCUUUAGAUAGUGCCUUUUGCAAGUUGGAGAAUUUUCACCGAUUAGACCACUUUUUCAGUUUGUACUUCCAACGAGCCGUUCAACCAGCAAAGUUAAACUGUAGUACCAGUCCCAGUUCCCAGCUUUAUAGUAGUUCAACAGCUUUGUUUUUAGACACACUACCUGGAGUCCGCUGGCUUACAUUACCCCAGUAUAUUAAGAUGGAUAUUGAUACCAUAUUGAGUGAUUUAGAAUCUGCAGACUUUGGAGAACUGUCUGAAGAUUAUUAUGAUAUGCAACGAUUAUAUGUGAUAUUGGGCUCCUGUCUAUUCUUCAAGGGUUAUUUGAUUGGCAAUCAUUUGCCCAAAGAUGAUCUCCUUGACAUCGCACUUUAUUGUCAGCAUUAUUGCUUACUUCCCCUAGCAGCAGAGAAACGGAUUGGUCAGCUGGUCAUAUGGCGUGAAGUGUUUCCAUAUAGAUAUCUUGUAUCAAGUAGUGAGCCAAUCAUUGAGGGUUACCAGGAACCAAAAGGAAGAUACUUUUUGCUGAUUGUUGGUUUGAGGCACUUCAUGCUGUGUGUGGUGUUAGAAGCAGGAGGAUGUGCAUCCAGAGCAAUUGGAAAUCCGGGACCAGACAGUAUUUAUGUUGACCAAGUUAAAGCAACCUUAUUUCAGCUUGAGGGACUAGAAACCAGUAUACAAGGUAGGCUGACCAGUCCUUCCACUCCAUACCUAUCAUGUGCUGAUUGGUUCCUCCCUCCUCGUGACAAGUUUGAAAGUAUCACCAGUUCCCCUAUCAUCAGUAAGCUGCAAGGUACAUCUAAGUCAACACAAUCUCCAAAAAGCCGAAGGACAUUAUUUGGAGAUUCCAGCCUGAGGAUGCCAAAAUCUGGUCCUCCAAGGAGCAAUAGUACAUCUGAUAAUGCUGGUGAAAGAUCUGGAGAUACUAGUUCCUUCAGUAUGAACUUCAAUUCAUUUUCUACAUCCAGUAACAUCAAGAAGCAUCUCCGUAGAGAGACUCUGGGUUCUGGUGGAUCUGAGAACAAGAAGAAACAAAGUUUUCUAAAUCCAUUUUUUCUGGGAAGUAUGAAGAAAAGCCUUCCUGAGACAGAGACUGAGGAAGUGCACUAUAUAAGAAAAUUGACAUCAGGCUCAGAAAACACUCUUUUUCACUAUAUUUCCUUAGAAGCAGUGCAGGGAAUAUUCAUUACGCCCACACAUACUGAAGUUGCACAACUUAAUGGUUGUAUUCACUCACAGCUAAUCAAAAACUUCCAUCGUUGUUGCUUAUCAAUUCGGUCAGUUUUCCAACAGACUAUGGACAAAUGGGAAAGAUAUCCAGAUAUUAUCCACAAUUCAACUCCAGUAAGUGUAAGGAAAAAUAGCUCAGGACUUGGUCCAGUAAAGGAACAUGGCAUCUUAUUCCAAUGUAGUCCUGAAAAUUGGACUGACCAGAAGAAGCCACCACCCAGCAUGUCUUACUGGGUUGUUGGAAGACUUCUUCUAGAUCUUCAUCCUCAAGAGUUUUAUGUAUGCUUCCAUGAUUCUGUGUCAGAGGUUGCUGUAGAGCUUGCUUUCAGACUGUCAUUUGGAUUGAUUACAUAAUGUGGAUGUUAAUUUAUAAGAACAUUUUCUGUGAGCAUAACAUUACCACAUUCCAAAAUAUACUGUAUGUAAAACUAGAUUCACAAUUCUCUUUGGAAUAUUCCAUUAACUUGAUUCUGCAUUCAAAAUGUUGAAUAUUUUUGAUGAACUGUUAAAUAAUCAAGUAUUUUAAAAUAUAUAUAGAAUGGCAGAGUACCAUCGAUUGCCCUAAACCCAGUAAUAUAAAAACAUAUAAUAUUCUUGGUUUAUUAAAGCAACAGUAAAAAUAAUUGGACCAAUUCAAACAAUGAAACAAUUCUAUAGCUGGAUAUAAAUUAAAUGUAAUUGCAAUCUAAUUGAAAGAAUUUAGAUUUGUAAUGUUUUCAUUUCUUAGUGAAUUUUGUUGGAACUGACCAUAGAAUAAAAAUGAACUAUUAUUUGAAAUAUGUCUUUAAGGAUAUUUACACAUGUUUUCUUUUCAUAAAAUAACACACCUGAAUUGUAAGUUGACUGCUUUAGGAAAGAUAAUAAAUGG